CCAUCCUUCCCAGUGAGGUCUCCCUCGCUUUUGGGAAUCGCCCGGCCCUCUCCUCCAUCCUGGCCUCUCUGCCCGUGGAGCAGAUUGAUUUGAACGCUUUAGCCGGGGUUAGCCCUCCGCUCGCGUCAAGCCUUUGAGGGUGCUGAUGGGCUAAAGAGAGGGGGUGGUGGUGUGGCAUAGGGCAGCCCAGGGCAUCAGGGUUCUUUAGAUUUUACUCCUGCAGGAGUCUCAUUCCGUCACGAAUCCUUCUCUUCCCAAGCAGCCACGCCUGGAUCCUCUUUCAUUAGUCCUUCUUUCCCCAAGCAGCUACACCUCGGCUCUUGUGCAGCUGGUAUCCCGGCCCACGAGUAAGGAGGCAUACACGGGAGGGUCCCUGCGUGACGGCCGCAGUCGUGACAUUCGCGAGUGGAGGAGAUAGAGCCGGGGACAGAGAAACUGACCCGUGGAGAAUGUCUUCCCCUGAGAGAUGCCGUGCGGGUGCUGUGAAUAAAUCCCAAUCCAGGAGGAGGCUCUGUCCAGAUCCUGGGGGAGGCUGCCAAGGGGAGACAGCAGGAAGCGGCCCUAGCCUGGAGAGCCGACCACUCCGUAGGGAGAAUGAUCCCCCCGAUUUCAGUCAAGAGGCCGAGGGCUCCGGGGAAGCCGAAGAUCCACCGCAACUUACACCUCCUCCUGCUGAACUCUUGGGACAGGGUCCAAGGAAAGUGGUUCUGCAUGUGGACCUGAAUAACACCAUCCUGGUGUCAGACAGUAUUAUGAAACAAGGUCCUUUGGCAGCCCUGAACAAUUAUCUAAGCACUGUUUGCUGGGGGAAGCUGAGCCAGACGGGUGAGUGGCAGUGGCUGAGUUACUCACCCUCUCUGCUGCCUCCCAGCCCAAAUGCGGUCAACUUUUACACUCAGUUCGGCCGGGAUCCCAGGUUCACGGACGGCAAGUUGGGCCACCCUUUCCAGCGCCUCCUUGCUCACCACCUGAGGCUCUUGGAGUGGUCAGGGCAGCCAGACCGAACGUUCUCUAUCCGGGGGGAGGACGGCAAAGAGUACCACUGGAUUCUGCCCUCCUUCUUCCAUCUCUUGGAGACCCUGCUGCGGCAAGGCAGGCACUUUGCUGUGGUGUUCCGCACCUUUGGCCAGGAUCUCCCUCCGGUGCUCCAGGCAAUGCACUCCGCCCUGAAGGGGCACCACCCCCACUUCCCUGCUUUGCGGGAGAUGGCGUUCCCCACGAACCUUUUCCCUGGUCGAAUCCAGUGCAGCACCCGGGAGAUAGUGAUCAGCCGAGGAGCGGAGCGCGUUUCUAGCCGGCCAGAUGGGAGAGAAAUGUACCGUUACUUCAGUUCUAUGGAAGGCCUCGGGGGCUUCCGCGAUCAUUUUGAAUGGUGGUCCAGGAACAAUUUCUCCAGCCGGGGCGGGAAACCACUGUGGAUCGACCCCCACGACCCUCAGGUUCAGCACAUCUGCUUUGAUGACAACAUUCGUCUGCAAGACAGUGACAGCAUUAUCCGCCCUCAGGUGUUCGUAGGGCAGGGCAGCCGAGACACCUACACAGCCCCCACUGCCGAACUGUAUGGCAUCUGCCUGGUCCAGACAGACCUCCUCAAGGCCAUCACUGACCCCGACUAUUUCCUCACUGCCAUGAACGACUGCGAGAAGAACUACGAGAACUUUCUUGCCCGGGCCCAGGGCUGUUGCUGAGAGCGGGGCUGGGCAUAGAAGGGAUGAAGCACUUGCUUUCAGUCCUUUCCUGCGACACCACUCCACCCCAAAAUCAGACUUCUGCUCUACGAGAGAUUUCUAGACGUAUUCCCCCCGUGGACUGCUGGGUUAAACUCCAGAGGCUCCAGAGGUGUCUCUGAGGACGUCCG